GAUAGGAGCCUCUGUGCGAUCCCCUCGGUGCGAGCAAGACAUACAGAGCCACAGCUCUGUGGAGCUCUUGGUCGUGUACCAGUAGACUUUAUUCUUCUCGGUGUUGAUGAGAUCCACCUGCCUUCCAGCCCUCGCGUGUGUGGCGUCUGCAGUCACCGUCACGGUUCAGCCAGGCCAGCCGUGGAAGAGCUGGAGGGCUGAAAUGGAUGGCUGAAAGGACGGGGCAAGGACAUCCAGUCAGAACCAACAUGAGGAACAAACUGUGGCUCCAGAGUAUUUCCUUCUUCCUUUUAUUCCAGUACACUACGUGCCGUGAAAACCUCACUUGUUUUGUGGACUAUGUACAGACCCUCUCCUGUAUCCUGAGAAGCGACUCGGGUACUGCUUCAUAUAACCUCACUGCAACAUGGGUUCCUGAGGAAGAUCCAGAAAAUACUGUGGCUGCCUGCAGUCUCCUGCAGCUCUCCAGGAACGCCAGUCACACAGAGUACGCGUGCGCUGUGGACAUGACCGAGCUCCUGGCAGAUAUCAAAGUCCAGGUGGAUGUUACAGAGAUGGCUGAUGGGCAGCGCGUGAUUUCCAAAAGCUUCUACAUGGCAGAGAACAUCAAACCACAGCCUCCGUUCAAUCUGACUGCCGUGGUAUCCGAAGGGUACAAUAUUUCCUGGGAAACCAUCUACCAGAACCCUCCUUUCUACUUUUUGAAUGAGGAGCUGGAAUAUCAGCUGCGUUAUAAAAGAAGGACCGACACCUGGGAGACUCAGAAGACUAAAGCUGUCCGUGAAGACAGAAGGACGCUGCUGAUCCUGCCUUGGGAACUCCAGGCGAACACUGAGUAUGAGUUCCAAGUGAGAGCCAGACCCCGAGAAGACACUGGCUACCAUGGAUUUUGGAGUGAAUGGAGUCCUCUGCUGACGUUGAAAACGAGCCCUACCGCAGUGACACAGACAGCGGGCAUGGGAUGGCUGCUACCGUUUGGCAUUGUCAUAGUAAUCAUUGCCUCAAUCACAACCUUUCUGGCCAAAGAGUGGAGCUUGUGGAAGAAGAUGGCUUGCGUCCCAGACCCUGCUCCCUUUUUCAGACCUCUCUACCUGAUGCAUAAUGGAGAUUUCAAGAAGUGGGUUGGUGCAUCACAGACAAAAAUGACCUUCGAUUUCUUUGAAUGGGGAAUGGUCGUUCCAGAAGUCCUAGAAGUUUAUACCAUGCGUCCUUCCAACAGCAUCUCCCGGGAGGAGCUGCGUGAGCUGAGAAAAGAUCUGCCUUGCAAACCCUGUGUGUCUUGCCUGACUGCCCCAGGCCAGGAUAGCCAGUCCCUGCUGUCUAGUGUGAAUGGUAGCAGUGGGACUCAGGACCGGUCAUACGGCCAUUUGUCCAUUGAAACUGUGACUGUGGCUGAUGAAUUUACACCUUGUAACUGCCAGUACGACUGUAACCGUGUGUACCGGGGACACGAGCAUACCAGCAAGGAAAAUAGUAGUGCUGGAGAAACUGGUUACCCCCAGGUUAAUGUUGAUAAUGAAGAUAGAAAGAUAUCCAGUGACUUGCAUUUGGCUGACCUGAGCACACAGGACAAAAUACUUGCUUCAGGCUCUGUGUCCACAGACCCCCUGCAGAGCACCAGUGUCCUAGCCCACCAGCAGGCAGGAAGGGCUUUGGAAGGAGGGAUGGGGAGCAUCCUAGAAGCCCUUUGCUUGCAGCCUGAUCAGUGGGAUUUGGAAAAUCCAGCUUCUCUACCUUCUCCUGAUGGUGAAAGUGUUUCCUACAGUGAAGGCUCCUAUGACUUCUUCCCUCACAUUGCAAGGCCUGGUGACAGUUACCCUAUUAUCUGCGUAGAUUUGGACACUAUUGACAGUGGCUUCGUGGACUCGGACUGUGGGAGUCCAGUUGACUGUGAAUUUGACCAAAACAGUCAGACCAACUGUGGGUCCAUCCCCCUUGAGCGGGAGGGGGAGGACUUUCCACGGAGCUACGUCAAGCAGUGGGUGUCCUGUCGCUCUGACAGCCCCAUCAACGGGGCAGAGACAACCUAAGGACUUGGUGCUGCCUUGCAGACCAUAGGUCAAACCCCCUUAUAAUGGCAGAAAAAGCAACUGUACCUUGAAAAUGACCCUCUAGCUUACAUAGAU